GUAACCAUAGACACAUCGUAACGUGGUUACGUCAUAAGUGUGCGUCCACCAUCUGACUCUUCAAUGACAGUUUCCAAACAUUUUUUUUUCUUCGUUUCUUUGAUAACACGGGUAGUUGAGCCAUAAACUGGCUAGCAUGCACAGAGCCGCACACACAGCUUUAUACGGCUGCGCUAAUGUCGUUGGCCCAGCGAUGACUCGACAGUGUUUAAAGCAAAGAGUGCCCUCGCAGCUGAGCUCACGCGCGUACAGCGUGGUCCCGACCCCUCGCGACAGUGAGGAGAAGGAGAUGUUGGACCGAAUCCUGCGCGUGGACCACGCGGGUGAAUACGGGGCCAACCGCAUCUACGCCGGCCAGAUGGCAGUGUUGGGUCGGUCCAGUACUGGACCUCUCAUACAGGAAAUGUGGGACCAAGAAAAGAAACAUCUUGAGAAAUUCAAUGAAAUUCUUGCUGAGAACAGAGUUCGGCCCACAGCGCUGUUACCACUGUGGAACAUCGCUGGAUUUGUGUUAGGAGCUUCCAGUGCGCUGCUGGGUAAAGAGGGGGCCAUGGCCUGCACUGUGGCGGUGGAGGAGAGUAUUUCUGAGCACUACAACAGCCAGAUAAGAGCUCUGAUGGAGAAGGACCCCGAAAGAUACACCGAACUGUUACAAGUUAUAAAGGAAUUUAGAGAUGACGAGCUGGAGCAUCAUGAUACGGGAUUGGAGCAUGAUGCUGAAACAGUACCUGGAUACUGGCUACUAAAAAAUGCUAUACAACUUGGCUGCAAGGCUGCAAUAUACGUUUCUCAGCGGGUCUAACAUUGUAUUUAGAAUAGUGAGGAAUUGUCUCCGAUGUUUGUCCGAUAUGUCGACUGGGUUUGUAUAAAUGAGUUGAACUUGAA